AAGGGGCAGGCACGCCGGCACAGCCCACACAGCACAGCAGAGUAGGCGGAGAAAACCCCAGACGCGCACGCACUGGCUGGGUAGCCGCUCGCGCUUCGCCGCUAGCUGCUGCCGGUGCCGCCUCACUGCUUCGCUUCUCCUCCCUCCCUCCCUCGCCACCUCCUCCUCGUGUCGAGCCACCCCGCGGCCGGCCGAUACCGACAGACCCAGAGCCCGGACGCGCCGAAGCGAGGCCACCGCCGCAAGCAUUUCCCUGUGUGUGCUGUGCUCAGGUAGCAGUGCGAGCCGAGAUGUUCGCGAGCAGGCCGGUGGUGCACCCGCUGGAGGUGGCGGCGCCCGCGGAUCCGGCGCAGCAGCCGCCGGGCGUGCUGAUGAAGGACCUGCCCGGGAUGCCGGGGACGCCCGGCGGCCUCGGUCUCCGCGUCCUGCAGCUCCUCCUCGCAGCCAUCUCGCUCGCCGCCAUGUCGUCCACCGUCGACUUCGCUAGCGUCACCGCCUUCAGCUACCUCAUUGCAACAACCAUCUUGCAAUGUUUGUGGAGCCUUACGGUAGCUAUUGUGGACAUAUAUGCACUGCUCGUUAAGCAUUGUUUACGAAAUCGUCGGACUGUUGCUCUUUUUGCCAUUGGAGAUGGGAUCACAUGGGCAGGGUCCUUCUCCGGAGCAUGCAUGGCAGCAGGAGUCACCACCCUGAUCGACACAGAUCUGGACAUGUGCUAUGAGAACCACUGUGCUAAUUUCCAGACUGCAGUAGCAAUGGAGUUCAUGUGCUGUUUUUCUCUCUUACCAUCCCUUCUCCUGAACUUGUAUUCGAUCGCAUCUAGUCGCGGCUAGCUGAAAAGGAAGAGGAGGAUAUAGCCUGAUCUUGGAGCAGUCUGAGCAUCCAAUUGCGGUUUUAGUGACAACUGGAUAUAAUGACAGUAUGAGACUAUGACUCAGCAUUUCUAGUUUAACCUGUAAAAAGGAAAUAGGGAACUGCCUGUUUGCAGAUGCAUUGCUCUGAAACCUUGCAGUUAUAUGCGGUACUACUAUUUACGUGCCCUGUAAAAUGCUUGGAGCUGUUAGAGUUUUAACAUGUCCUGACUCCUGAACCAUGUAUAUUGCAAGUGAAGAGGAGGGGUAAUGGUGAUGCUGAAGAAUGCGUAUCUGUUCAUUCUUCGUUGGCAGGACUCACUUUCAUAUUC